CUGCGCUAUCUGUAAUUAUAGUGAUCUUCCAAGGCGUUUGUCGGUUUGAGAAGCAGCGAUUUCUCUGCAUCGUUGUUGCUUGCGGCUUGGUCUGCCUGAUCUGACAGCGGUCCAGUUCUUGUAGGUGACAUGAGAACUACUACCAGUAAUUAGUAAUUAGUUAGUGGCCUAUUGUGAGCGAACGAAUAUUCAUCCUUUCCGGAGCAAUACUAUUAGUACCACGUCGCUUCAUCCGAGGACAGCUAGUGCAAGCGGGGUGAAGAAAUAUGCAGCUAACCAUUCAUGUGUUCGACAAUGGCCGACUGGGCGGCAGGGUGAUACCGGUUUCGUUCGCUAGGAAAGUUGGAUCUGGCGUAAAGGUGGUUGAUGUCCUGAGAGAGGUGUUCGUGCAUGUUGACUUGCCAGUGGAUGCUGCUGCCAUCUUCUCCUUGUGGUGCACAUCUCCUUUGCUAGAGCUCCAGCUAAAGCCGAAUCAAAAGGUACAGUCGGUCGUCUCUCAAUGGCAAGCGCUGCUGGCAAAGUACACGACAGCCACCGUGGAGAAGGCAGAGGAUGACAUACCACUCCUGACGCUGCGACGUAACUGCUUCUACCCUCGGACAAUGGAAAGGAAACUGCUCAUGGAGCAGUCACUACGCCUUCUUUACCACGAGGCUCAAUUCAACAUCACGACGUAUCGAUAUGUGCCAGAACGGAUACAGGACUACUAUGACUUAGCCGCGGCCAAAGCAUGCAUUGACCUCGGCUUGUUUGACCCUCAGCGGCACACGGUGGCACGUAUGAAAGAAGUGGUAGUGCAGUACUUCACCCCGCAGUUCAUCAGGCCUCGCCUCGCCGACUCGCUCGUGGCGCGCGAUCCGCGCGUGGAGGUGACAAAGCAGUGGCUACGCGAGUAUCAGCGGGUCAGCGCCAUGACCCUUCCCAUGGUGCAGCUGUACCGACGCUACCUGCAGGUCUGCUGGAAUGUUCCGACGUACAGUGCUGUGUUCUUCAAGGGUGAAAUUGCCUGCCCUCGCCGGCUACGUCGCACUCUGCUGGACCAGACGGACGUGGGUGUCCGUGUGGCUAUCAACCAGGAUGGUAUCCACCUCGUCCACGAGGAGAAGAAUGAGACCUUGAUUAGCUUUGCCCUGGACCAGGUAUCCUGGGACUAUGCUCCAGCACAACGCGAAGGCGAGAAUGAAUUUGCCUCCCUGUAUCUCGAAUUUGAUGGAGAAUUCAACGGUACAAAGUGCAAGUUCCUCGUGGAGGUCUUUUCUCGCCAGGCGCAGCUGAUGGACGCAAUGAUCUCGCAGUGCGUCGAGAUGGCUGAGGAGGAGGAGCAGAGAAUUGCACAGAUACGACGCAAUCAGGGCACAGAAGGAUUCGUGGAGAGACAAGUGAUACACACAGAUCUGAAGCGGCAUUUUGGUGAGGUGCAGCAACUAGCCAAGUAUGUUGCAGUCCAGACCUGUGUAGCGGGGAGAUGCUACCCUGGGCUGCCUAAAGCGGCUGAUCUUGCCGGAGCGGCCACCCAAGCUGGAGAAGCUGUGUCUGGCCACCGUUCAACUCAUGUUUAGUCACUCACUUACGUCGGAUACAAACCAUUCCACAGAAGAUGGUUGCUGCUAGCAGUAUGGCGGAUCAGGCGGUUGCAAACAAAGGCUCGGAAUGCUUGCUGUAAUACUGCGGUAACAGGCUGGCCAACUGGUAUUUCAAUGUAUGGUGGCGGUUCAACUUCCAUGUUCGUUCGCGGGUCCUACCCAGGUGGUGUGUAGUGUCGUGAGCAGAUCGUCAACAAUAGCAUGCAGCAUGUUAUAGAUAUGAAUGCUGUACCAGAACGCGUCCUGCAUGCACUUGCUGUGCCUCCGAGCUAUGCCGAGUAAUGCCAGUGCAGCCGCCACCACUCUCAUUUGUUACGACGGCUGCUUGUUUGUACCUCUAUCACGAGUAAAGAGCAUGCUCUCUCAUUCACGACAAAGUUACGCAUCGUCCUUUUCCGGUAGCAUCGCUAGUGAUCUGAAGCCAUGGACUGCGCUGUGAUGUGGUACUGUGCUGAAGCCAUGGACUGCACUGUGAUGUGGUACUGUGCUUCUUCAAGACUGACAAGACAGCUGGCGUAACAGUCAACUGUUUCAUACCAAUGGCAAUACUGCGGAUUACCCAGUCGUCUUAUGUGUGCUUGUCAGCUCCGCCUGGACACCGAUAACGUGCUAUACUAGUCUUUUGAUCCGAUAAAAAAAAUCAGUUUACAGCCAAAUCACGCGCUGGUAAAGUGCAGUACAAGUACAGUAACUUAGUGUGGAAUGCCAGUUCACUGCCAGCUUUGAGCUAGUACUAGCAUAGGCAAUGUGUGGCAAUGCACUACCGUAUCACCCGGCUCACAGCUAUGAUUUGACAUGAUUAUAGGUGUUUUGAUAUUAGAGAUGUCCCCAUUUGCACCGUGAACAAACCCCUGCUUCUAGAUUGAGAUUGUAAGCUUGAAAUAAAGUUGCAGUCAUUGACACUACAUAAUUAUACUGAAUUUGUUCACUCGUAUUGUUUCAUGCAAGCUGUAGAAUCUCCCUGUUUGAUCACAGUGGUCCACUAGUGGACGAUACCGCCCUUCA